AUGAGAACCCAAUCAUCAUCAUCUGCAAAAGGUGCUGCCGGGGCUUCGCCGCCGUCGAAGGCGAAGGGGAAGGGGAAAACGACGCCGUGCUGCAGCAAGGUUGGGCUGAAGAGAGGGCCAUGGACGGCGGAGGAAGACAAGCUGUUGACUGAUUACAUCAACAAGGAAGGCGAGGGGCGGUGGCGAACCCUACCCAAAUUGGCCGGCCUCCUCCGCUGCGGCAAGAGCUGCCGCCUCCGCUGGAUGAACUACCUCCGCCCCACCGUCAAGCGCGGCCACAUCACCCCCGACGAAGAAGAUCUCAUUCUCCGCCUCCACCGCCUCCUAGGCAACAGGUGGUCACUGAUAGCAGGGAGGAUUCCAGGCCGGACAGAUAACGAGAUAAAGAACUAUUGGAACACUCACCUGACCAAGAAGCUGAUUAGCCAAGGAAUUGAUCCAAGAAAUCACAAGCCUCUACUGGUAAACCCUACCAACAACCCCAAAAACCAUACCUCCUCCUCUUCCUCAGUUCCCAUAAUCAAACCUACGCCGAUUCACGUUGGUCUUUCCAACAAAGACAAGACAGUGAAGAUCAAUAGCAGUGUUAACGUUGGAGGGACGACAAAUCAUCAGAUUGAUCAGCCCAACAGCGUGGGAGGGACGACAAAUCAGACUACUGGAAAUGGCGGCGCUGAUGAGGACUUUAAUAUGGAUGGUGGAGGAAUAAUAAGCUGCUGCAUCGGAGAAGAUAAUGAGGAUAAUGUUGGGAUGGAUUUUUGCCCGGACGAGGAUGUGUUUUCGACAUUCUUCGAUUCUUUGAUGAACCACGAUGUGUUCUUCGCUGCUUCCCAGAACAACCAACAAUCUAAUCACGACAUUACCCCCCUGCAGCCCUCAACUUCUGAACAUAAUAAUAAUAAUAAUAAUCAGCCUUUGAAUCCUUUGGAACAGAUGAACUUCCCCUUCAGUACUGCAGGAUGGGUUGAUGGUGAUGAUGGUGAUGAUUUUCUACCAUGA